UGAAUGGCACUGGGCUCUGACGGCCAAGCCGGUCAUGACAGACAUGCCCCAUUGUGGCAGGCCUAGAAAACCUCGCCCACUGAUCUGUGGCUCAUACACAACCAACGUUAUCUUCCAUAGCUUGGUUUUCUGCUGGCUGACGGAAUUAAUAACAGGAGCACGCUACUAUGUAGCCAAGUGAUGUAGCUCUUAUUAAAAUGGUUGCCACUAUUUAUAUAUUGUACGUCGGUGCCUCUCCGUCAAAUCAAGCACCUCCUUCACAUGAUGAGACAAUUACGGCACAAAGACAAGCAUAUGUCCAAGCUAGCCUCGCUAGUGAAGACGAGAAUGUCAACCUUCCUGACUUUCCUGACUAUCCGUUUUCGAAGCAACACAAGUCGAAAGUGCAUAGUGAUGGCGGCUAACGUGUGUUACAGACAUGUAGUUGCAUCAGUACCCGACAGUUUCAGGCUGAUAAAUCGCAUAAUGGUAUGUUUUACCCGCCUAAAUUUCACUUCGUCUCGUUCUCAACCCUACUUCUUCCAUGAUGAUUUACUCUUUUAUCACGACGGUCAACAUAGUCUAUACAUUGAUGACCACAGCCUGUGACAGGGCAUUGAUCUGAUACUACACAUUAUUCUUAUCCUUCGUUACGCAUUGAAUUUAUAUCCAAGGAAUUUGGGCUAAUUUUAAUGCAGCAUAGGGUUCUUAUAUCGUCCCUCAUGUCCUACAUUCAGUAGUUGUAUGGUGCAACACCAUCCUGACUGGGGCCAGCACUCGGUCUUGGGCUUACACAUUCACUCUCGAUCUCAAGAUGAUCGUUGGAAUAUGAAUAAUAGCCCGACAUACGAAUCGCUAGUUUAUUGUAAGCCUGCGCCGAUUAGGUAGGUAUAUAUUAGAUAUACUGCACCGGAGCGUGCUAGUAAUAGUAAUAUACGAAUGUGAACCAACUAUUCUUCCAAUUCCAGAUUAUCUUUCUCCAUGAUUGUAUCUCGCCGUAGAUGUGUUUUCUUUUGACGCCCGAUGUCUGCAUGCACAUGGAUUGUCACAUGACCCCCGAAAUGGGAAGACAAAACAUCUUAUCUUCAACUUCAACUUCAAACUUCCAACACUUCAGCAGCCUCCAGGUUUGAUAUUCCUUUCUAUCUCUGAACAUAUCAUGACAAGCUGACCUCAAACAGAGCAAGCAGUAAGAUGACUGAUGAGUUUCAUUGGACUACUUCACCACGUUCCACGGUGUCCUACUCUGGCCUUCACAGAUAGACAUAACAGGUCUAUGUAUCAGUGAUACGCCAAACUCUUAGCUGCCAUCUUAUUUGAGUUAAGUCUCUUGGGUGUCCAGGUUCAUCCCAGCCAAGCAGAAAGGCUGCAGCCAGUGAGAACAUCACGUUGGCUUCUUUCCAUUGCUCCAGCGAAUAGAUAAGAGGGUUAACCGCCCGCCUUGCAGAAGACGCAAGGUUCUGAUGCAAGCACACUCACGCCAAUACAUGCUAAGUUUGCUAGCAGCAUUACACAUGCUGUAUCGAGAAUGAACAUGUGUUGGCAUGACAUGGUACUUUCAUGUAUACAUGGAAGCACCGAGUAUGCCUAGGGGAAGGAUGUGGAUGAGUGUAUUGGAGGAAUCCCGCCCGUCGGAUAUCCAGGGCGUCAAUGAUUUUCCACCAGGAAAACAGAACGGUUUGGUGGCUCGAAAAACUAUGGGGAAACUCUCUCAUAUGUGAGGAAAGCAAAGAAGAAAAAUGGAGUAAAUUACUCCCUCUUUUACUUGCUUUUUCCCAGCUCUGCAUCCCUUUGAACGUGAUUAAUUAACGUUCCUAGCGUUAAUUAGGUUUCUAUUAAUAUCACUAGCUGCAGCCUGCUGUGUGCAAAGCACCGCACGGCUCGACAGGGGCC